GCCGGACGCUGGGCGAGGGCGACUCCAGGGUCCCGGGCGGGGCGAGGAAGCUUCGAGAAGCACGUCGGAGGCGGGCAGCAGGGGAGAGCACCGAGCUUUUGCCUCCCGCGGAAGGAGACCCGGAGAGCCGAGUUAGCUAUGGAGACCUCGAGGAGGCUGCGGGCUACAGAGGCGGAGAGCGCCAAAGCCGAGAACGCGGGAUCGCAGAGAGACGGCUGGCGCGCCCUACGACGCCCACACGACCGGGAUGACGGGCGCCAUCAGCUACCACCCCUACGGCGGCGCGGCCUACCCAUACCAGCUCAACGACCCGGCGUACCGCAAGAACGCCACGCGGGACGCCACGGCCACGCUCAAGGCCUGGCUGCAGGAGCACCGCAAGAACCCGUACCCCACCAAGGGCGAGAAGAUCAUGCUGGCCAUCAUCACCAAGAUGACCCUCACGCAGGUCUCCACCUGGUUCGCCAACGCGCGCCGGCGCCUCAAGAAGGAGAACAAGAUGACGUGGGCCCCGCGGAACAAAAGCGAGGACGAAGACGAGGACGACUCGGCGAGGAGCAAGGGGGGGAGCCCGGACCGGGCGCGGGAGGGUGCGGAGACGCCGGCGGAGGACCCAGGGAGCAGCCUGCACGUCGACUCGCUCACGGACCACUCGUGCUCCGCCGAGUCCGACGGGGAGAAGCUGCCCUGCCGGGCCGGGGACGCCCUGUGUGAGUCGGGCUCGGAGGGCAGGGACAGCAAGUACGACGACCUGGACGACGACGAGGACGACCAGGAGGAGCGCCAGCGGGACCCGGCGCCUCCCGAGCCGGUGAUCUCGUCGCCGCUCACCGGCUUGGAGGCGCCGCCGCUAAGCCCCCCGCCCGAGGCCGCGCCCCGCGGGAGCGGCGGCGGCAAGGGGCCCCUGGGCAGCCGGACGUCGCCGGGCAGGCCGCAGCCGGCCAGCAAGCCCAAGCUCUGGUCCCUGGCGGAGAUCGCCACGUCGGACCGCAAGCAGCCGAGCCUGGGCCCGGGCUGCGCGCCGCCGGGGCUGCCUGCGGCCGCCGCGCCCGCCUCGUCCGGGGCGCCACCGGGCGGCUCGCCCUACCCCGCGUCGCCGCUGCUCGGCCGCCACCUCUACUACACGUCGCCCUUCUACGGCAGCUACACAAACUACGGGAGCUUGGAUGCGGCGCUGCAGGGCCAGGGCCUCCUGCGGUACAGCUCUGCCGCCGCGGCCCCCGCAGACGCGCGGCCCGCAAGCAGGGCGGCAGGCGACGCUGGCAAGGCGGGCGCGCCCCCGCUCGAGCCCCGCUACCGCCCCUCGGGCGGCGGCUACGAGCCCAAGAAAGAUGCCAGUGAGGGCUGCUCCGCGGUUGGUGGGGGCGUCCAGCCCUACCUAUAGAAGGGCCUUGCGCAGCAAUGCAAGUAAGUGGACACCGUGGAGUGGCCUCCCACCCCGGGAACCUCCCUGCACCAGUCGCGCUGCUUAAUGAGUAUCUUGCUUCUUGUCACGAAGUCUGAGGACAGAGCACGGCAAUCAGAUCUGGUCUUUUUUUCUUUGAGUAGGAAAUACUUGUUAAAGAGAGAGUCUGCCUUUCUCUGCUUAAGUUCUGCUUUGAAGAAUCACUCCUUUAACUGGAAUGAAUAUACAAAUACAUAUAUAUAUGUAUAUACAUAUACACACAUGAUAUAUAAUAUAUAUGUGCUAUAGAUAUAAUUGUGUGUGUGUGUGUGUGUGUGUGUGUGUGUCUCACCACUGCAGUCUGGGUAUUUGUAUGCACUUGGAGCCGUUUUUACUAUGCUAGACAUGUAACAGACACUUGCUGUGAUGAACUAGAGCUAGUGAAACCUGUGGGCUCCAAACCCUGUUACAGGUGGUGUUUGCAGACAGCACUGGUUUCUUGUCAGGCCUGUGCCCUUGUGUCCAGACAGACCAGAUAGGGCCCUGAAGUGUGCUGGCUCACAGUAGUAUCUCAGAAAACACCACUUUACAACUAGGCAAAAUUACUAAUAUUGGAUCCUGAAGAUGGGAAAGAGGUUGAACCAUUACAGUUGGACUCACUUUUGUAAUGGGACGUCAGUGUGGGACUGAAACAUUGGGGAUGAUACGGUUUUUUCCUUGGUCCACAGGUAGGUGUCACAAUUGCUUUGGGAAAAAAAAAAGUCAGCAGGCCAUUCUCUCUUCCCAAGUGCAUAAAUACACA